UACUUCGCUUCACUUCGAUAUCUUCUUCAUUUCGCCUCUCUCUCACACCCACAGUCCAACACCACCGUCAAUGGCGGUCGCAACUGCAACGGCAUCGAGCUUCGGGUUCCACAAGCGCAUGUUAGCAUCACCCACGGUAUCUUCACGAAUUAUAAAUCCUAACAGAACCUUAGCUCUCUCUUCCUCCCCUUCUACUUCUUCUUCUUCAAGGGCCUCUCUUUCAACCUGCUUUCUCUCUCCCUUCGCUGGGGGAAGCAUCACCUGCGACUUCUCCGGCACUAAAAUUCGACCCGAAUGCCUCAAUCCAGCUUCAAUUUCGAGUUCCAAAGGCAAAAGAAGCGUUGUUACCAUGGUUAUUCCAUAUACCAGGGGAAGUGCAUGGGAGCAACCUCCUCCUGACUUGGCAUCUUACUUGUUCAAAAACCGGAUUGUUUACUUGGGGAUGUCUCUUGUUCCUUCUGUCACGGAGUUAAUACUAGCAGAAUUUCUUUACCUUCAGUAUGAAGAUGAAGAGAAACCUAUUUACCUAUACAUAAACUCCACGGGCACAACUAAGGGUGGGGAAAAGCUGGGAUACGAGACAGAGGCUUUUGCUAUCUAUGAUGUUAUGGGGUAUGUCAAGCCACCUAUAUUUACUCUUUGUGUUGGUAAUGCUUGGGGAGAAGCAGCCUUGCUUUUGGCUGCUGGGUCAAGGGGAAACCGUUCUGCUUUACCCUCAUCAACAAUCAUGAUGAAGCAGCCAAUUGGGAGAUUUCAAGGUCAAGCAACAGAUGUUGAACUUGCCAGGAAAGAAAUAAAGAAUGUGAAAACAGAAUUGGUCAAUCUCUUGGCAAAGCAUAUUGGAAAAUUACCUGAGGAGAUUGAAGCAGACAUUAGUCGUCCAAAGUAUUUUAGUCCAACUGAAGCAGUUGAAUAUGGCAUCAUAGACAAGGUAAUAUACAAUGAAAGGACCACUGAAGACCGUGGAGUUGUUUCUGACCUUAAAAAGGCACAACUGAUUUGAUCUGUUGUCAAAGUCGCAAUUGAUGAUUAUUAGGAGUAAUCAGAUUUGCAAGUGAAGGUAGGGAAUGCUGGGUAGUAACACUUAAAUAGAUAUCAACCGUACACAUUUUGGCCCCAAUUAUCAACAGUGCCUCUUCCAUUAUUUGCUUCAAGCGUUAUAGCCCUGUCUUGAGGGUGAUGUCAUACUUCACAAAUCUGUUAUGGUGAUUGUCACUAUCUUCAAACAGGCCCUCUUUCUCUUAGCAGGGAUCCUUUGUUAUGUGUUUGAACUGCCAAAUUAUGAGAAUGAACCACUGAGCUGAUGGUUGUUGAGAGUUAAAAUUACUCAUGGUUUUCUACUUCAAGUUCCUUUUUAAAAAAAUUCUUUAUUUCUAGGUUAUUUUAUUUAGCCUUUGGCUGGAUGAUCGGAGAUUGAAUUGAUUAAAGACUCGACAAGCUGUGAACAGAAAACGUGCUUUGAAGGAGAAACAAGGCUGUGGGAAUGAGAACCCCAGCAAUAAUACACUUGUAACAUGUUUGUGGCAUGGUAUAUCUGCUGGACAGAUGCGCGCAUCCCUGUAGUUUCAUUUGCUAUUAAUUUUGUUUUGCAGUUAAUCUUAGAUUAAUGAAUCACA